CUGCCUCGCGCCUCCUCUCCUCUGCUUCCCCCCAUGGCUGACCUCCCCGUGCUCAUCGCUGGUGCAGGCAUCAGUGGCCUCCUGCUGGCUCAGUAUCUUCGACAACAUCAAAUCCCGUAUCUGCUUUUCGAACAAGAUGGCUCGAUUGAUGCGCGGAGUGGUGGCUGGGGGCUGACCCUCCACUGGGGUCUCCCAGCGCUGCGCGAACUCCUGCCUGACUACCUCGUGGCCCGUCUGCCGGAGACGUAUGUGAACAAAGCUGCUGCCGGGCGAGGUGACACGGGGCGCUUCCAGUUCUUUGAUCUUCGCACGGGAUCGGCCUUGUACAGCGUCCCCGCCGCCGAACGGAUCCGCGUCAGUCGCGUGCGACUGAGGCAGCUGCUGGCCACCGAUCUCGACCUCCAGUGGAACAAAACUCUCACGAGCAUCGACUCCACAACCGAAAGCGUCACCGCACACUUCCAAGAUGGGACCUCGUACACCGGUUGCCUGCUGGUCGGGUGCGAUGGAUCGCGCUCCCGCACACGUGAGAUCGUGUACCCUGAGGGCCACGAGAUGAACCCCCUGCCCGUGCAGCUGCUGGGUGGAGCUGCUCUCUAUUCGGCGGAGCAGAUGGGCGGAGCGGAGACCAUUGACCCAUUUAUCUUCCAAGGCUCGCAUCCAGAUACGAAUAUCUUCUUCUUUUUCAGCUUGCUCGAUACACCCAAUAAUUUCGACGAGAGCGACAAAGACAAAUACCUCUGUCAGAUCAUCGUAUCUUGGUCCGAUGAGAAGGGAAUCCCCGUUCCCAGUGAUAAUGCCGAGAGACUCGCGUUGAUGAAGUCCUUGACCGCCAACUGGGUCGAGCCCUUCCGAGGUCUGGUUCAUCACUUGCCCGAGAGCACCGAAGUGCGAUCCAUCCGCAUCGCCGACUGGCUGUUCCGACCAGGGCAAGACACUGCCCAUCCACGUGUGGUGCUGAUGGGCGAUUCUGCGCAUACGAUGACGAUGUUCCGCGGAGAGGGGGCCAACAAUGCCAUCGUCGAUGUCCUGGAUUUCACGAAGCGAGUGGACUUGCGGUCCUUGGGGUCUCUCGGCAUAGAGGAGCUCCGCAAGUCUCUAACGGUGUACGAGAACGAUGUGCUUGCCCGGGCAGAACCAAGUGUGGUCAAUUCCCGGCAAGCGUGUCUCGAUGCCCAUGACUUCUCUCGCAUUGUGGAUGGCAGCCCCUUGGUCUCGGCUCGCUUGCGCGAAGAAUAGACGGAUACUGCUGCAUAGGCAUUAUAAGAUUACUCACAUAUUCUGCAAGGAUUUGGCACCAGCACUGGCAGGGCCGAUGUUUGCACCUCAGUACAGUACAGCCGGGGUUAUUUGAGCGAACAUGCCUGUUCAUCAAGACAUAUGUAUUCGUUCUCCUGCUUUCAGGAGACCGGGCUUAUUGUUGAUGCUAUUAAUCUAGCUUCAUCGUUACAAUUAGCAGUC